GUGAGCAGUAUGCCAGUAACGGAUGGAAAGAAAUGGCCGACCUCCCACCUGACCGUCACCAUCCUGCAGGCGCGGCGCCUUCGGCCCAAGGACCGCCGCGGCGGCACUAACUCCUACGUGCGGGCGCAGCUGGGCGCCCAAACCUUCGCCACUCAGCCCGUGCCCAACACGCUCUGCCCGGUGUGGAACGCCACGGUGACCUUCGCCCUGCCCGCCCCGCGGGACGACGCCACGGCCCUGACCCUGACGGUGAUGCACAGGCGCUCGCUGGCCGCUCUGCCGGAGAGGUUUCUGGGUCGGGCCGAGGUGCGACUGAUCGACGUGUGCCGGAGUCAUCGGCCAGGUAGCACAAAGUGGCUGACUCUUGAAUCCAAGCCCAAGAAGAAAGUGAAGGACAGAGGGGAGAUGGAGGUCUCGUUCUGCCUGGGCAACCUCCACUCUGCCUCCGCUAGAGUGGACACCCAGCUCCCCUCCAUCUGUGCAACCAGCCAUGGCGGCUGGGGGAGCACUGAGAUGCACCCACCAUCUUCUGUUCAGCCGGCGGAGAAACGCGAGCCAAUCCAGCCAUCUUGCGCUGCAGUUCCAGUACUGGACCGGGCCCCACCAUCUGUGGCCGAGCACACCCACGAGCGAGCGGCCAGCAGCCCGGAGUGCGUCAGCAGCAGCAGCGGCGGCGAUGGUGAGUUCCCUGCUCCCACUGUGCAGGCUUUAUCCGACCACAGUGGACUGAACAACACGACAGCAGCCAAGAGCGAAACAACGUCGGUCAAAAUCGUCGCUAGUGGCAAAGCGGGAGACGCCGCUCCAACGGAGUUGAAGGAAGACGCUAACCGCGCUGCGGCUAAGAGCAGCGACUCCACCACUGCCGCCGAGACGGCCCUCCCGCCACCACACCCCCCCGAGGAGAGCCCCAGCGCCACCACUAGCCGGCCCGGCAAGCUCCUCCUGCGGCUGGGCUGCAUGGUGAGGCGCCUGCAGUACCGCUGGGGGCUCGGGGCCAACCGGGGAGAGAUGCAGCCCCUGCACAUCCCCGACGCACCCCCACAGGCCUCGGCCAGGUCCGCGGGCAUCUCGGAGUCCGCUGGCGGAGGCCCGGACGCGGGGUACAGCCACCUCUUGUCCGAGAGGCUCAGAGCACUGUGUCUGUGGGUGGAUCGGUGUCUGGGGAGAGUUUGAGGCGGCUAGUAGGUGUGACCUGUGGGGGGUCCAUGACAAAUAAACUGCAAUUUGGAGUGUGGCUGAGAAGUUCA